UCAAGAAGUCUCGUCUCCUCCCUGGACGUGCAGAUAAACAGAGGCUAGAAGAGAUUUUUCAAUUGUAUGAUAAUAUUUUUAUUUCCCGCAUUUAUUUUCACAUCGCACAUAUACUGCGGUUGUUAGGCCUUCUAUUAAACGUUUAUAUGAAUACAAAACAUGAUAAAUUAUCAUACACACACUUGUAGCUAGCUAGCUAGCUAGAUUUCAGGUAACGUUAAGCUAACAUUAGCUUUUUAAAACAUGACUAACAUGAUCCAGAUAAAACAGUCUGACAACCUGCAAACAAAUUAGAUUUAUUUUGAGUCUUGUUUCUUCGGCUGGACAAAGCUUUGUCACGUCUAACUUGAAUGUCAUGGUUUCCUGGAGCCAUGUCUUGUAAGUCUAAAGUGGCACCCAGUGUUGACUUUGAUCACAGCUGCUCGGACAGUGUUGAGUAUUUGACACUCAACUUUGGUCCUUUCGAGACUGUACACCGAUGGAGGAGACUGCCACCAUGUGAUGAGUUUGUGGGUGCGAGGCGUAGCAAACAUACUGUUGUGGCAUACAGGGAUGCUAUCUAUGUCUUUGGAGGAGAUAAUUUGAAGAACAUGCUUAAUGAUCUAUUGCGGUUUGAUGUAAAGGACUGCUCAUGGUGUCGGGCAUUUACUACCGGUACCCCACCUGCACCAAGAUAUCAUCAUUCUGCCGUUGUGUAUGGAAGCAGCAUGUUUGUUUUCGGUGGCUACACCGGAGACAUAUAUUCAAACUCUAACUUGAAAAAUAAAAAUGAUCUGUUUGAGUACAAGUUCGCCACCGGACAGUGGACAGAAUGGAAGGUGGAGGGACGCUUGGUUGCCAGAUCUGCCCAUGGAGCCACAGUCUAUAAUGACAAACUCUGGAUUUUUGCUGGAUAUGAUGGAAAUGCCAGGCUGAAUGAUAUGUGGACCAUAAGUCUUCAGGACCGUGAGCAGGCAUACUGGGAAGAGAUUGAACAAAGUGGUGAAAUUCCCCCCUCCUGCUGUAACUUCCCUGUAGCCGUAUGUCGGGAUAAGAUGUUUGUCUUUUCCGGCCAGAGUGGAGCCAAGAUCACCAACAACCUCUUUCAGUUUGAAUUCAAAGGCCACAUAUGGACCCGUAUCCCAACUGAGCACUUGCUACGUGGAUCCCCUCCACCACCCCAGAGGCGCUAUGGACACACAAUGGUGGCAUUUGACCGUCACCUGUAUGUGUUUGGAGGGGCGGCCGACAACACACUGCCUAAUGAACUUCACUGCUAUGACGUGGACUCGCAGACUUGGGAGGUCAUUCAGCCCAGCACAGACAGUGAGAUGCCUAGUGGGAGGCUGUUUCAUGCAGCGGCUGUUAUCCACGAUGCCAUGUACAUCUUUGGGGGGACCGUGGACAAUAACGUCCGCAGUGGAGAAAUGUACCGAUUUCAGUUUUCCUGCUAUCCAAAGUGCACACUUCAUGAGGACUAUGGGAAGCUGUGGGAAAACCGUCAGUUCUGUGAUGUAGAGUUUAUCUUGGGGGAGAGGGAGGAAAAGGUUCUUGGUCACAUUGCCAUAGUAACAGCUCGCUGUAAGUGGCUCCGAAAGAAAAUCCUACAGGCGAGAGAUCGACAGAAACAGAGGAUUAAACAGGAAGGCAAUGAGGAGGGUGAGGAGUCCGGCGGUCAGAAGCAAAGCUCUGGGAGUAGGCGGUCCUCCACAGGACCUCCUUUAUUAGAAGUGUCAAUCAGAGAGGCUGACGCUCAACCGUUUGAGGUUUUGAUGCAGUUCCUGUACACAGACAAAAUACAGUAUCCACGCAGAGGUCAUGUCCAGGAUGUGCUGUUGAUCAUGGACGUUUAUAAACUUGCUCUGAGUUUUAAACUGUCCAGACUGGAACAGCUCUGUGUUCAGUACAUUGAAGCAUCGGUGGACCUGCAGAACGUCUUGAGUGUUUGUGAAAAUGCAAACAAACUUCAGUUGGACCAGCUUAAGGAACAUUGUCUUAAUUUUGUCGUGAAGGAGAGUCACUUUAACCAGGUUAUCAUGACUAAGGAGUUUGAACAUCUGUCCACACCACUGAUUGUGGAGAUAGUAAGACGCAAACAGCAGCCACCGCCGAGAAUAUAUUCUGAUCAGCCAGUUGAUAUAGGCACAUCUCUUGUGCAAGACAUGAAGGCUUGUCUGGAGGGGGCGGGGCAUGAGUUCUGUGACAUCAUCCUUUUGCUUGACGGUCAUCCACGCCCCGCACACAAGGCCAUACUGGCCGCUCGCUCCAGUUAUUUUGAGGCAAUGUUCCGCUCCUUCAUGCCAGAAGAUGGGCAGGUGAAUAUUUCCAUAGGAGAGAUGGUUCCCAGCACGCAGGCUUUUGAAUCCAUGCUACGCUAUAUCUAUUAUGGAGACGUAAACAUGCCUCCGGAAGACUCGCUAUAUCUUUUCGCAGCACCUUAUUACUACGGUUUCUCCAACAACAGACUUCAGGCCUACUGCAAGCAGAACCUGGAGAUGAAUGUUACUGUAGAAAAUGUCUUACAGAUCUUGGAGGCCGCAGAUAAGACUCAGGCUCUAGAUAUGAAGAAACACUGCCUGCAUAUAAUCGUCCAUCAGUUCACCAAGGUGUCCAAGCUUCCCAACCUGCGAUCGCUCAGCCAGCCACUGCUGUUGGACAUCAUUGACUCCCUGGCAUCCCACAUAUCAGACAAACAGUGCACUGAGAUGAGUUCUGAUAUAUAGUAUGUCCUUGCCUCUCCCAUCCCUUCCCAUUUACUUUAAACUCAUUUAAUCUUUUUUCCGUUCCGUCUUAUAUGUCCACCACUCCAUCCAAUACAUAUAAUUUUGCCUCAUACCCGUCCAUGAUAAGAUUGCAUCCUGUGUUUCGCUUUUGAUUACCUUCAAGUAUCUAAUUUUAGUUGUCUGUUCGAAACAUUAUUUAAUACGCCAUACAUUAAAGUUUUUUGUAUUAUGUUUCCAGGUUUUACCACAUUUUAUCACAAUUUCAAAAGAAAUUGUACUUGUUUGCAUUACAGACCAAAAUUUUCUCUUUUUUUUCGUAUAAAAAUAUUUCUUUUUUUAUUUGUAUAUUGAAUAUUCUCUUGUCUUGACUUGACUUAGGUGGUGUCUUGACUGACAGUCGUAACUUUAACAUCAUAUAACAACAAUUAAUGAUGGAUUGUAUUUACCCUGUGAGUUCUGUUUUAUAUGAUAUCCUGCACUUUAUGAAUAUAGUAGUACAGACUUAUUUAUUCCUAAACCUUGUAGUAAUGUUGCUAUUGUUAUGACGUGUAACGCCAGCACUCAUCAUUACAAUGUAAGAGUAUAAUUAUGUGGAUCAAUACAACUGUCAACAUCAAGACUCUUGUAUACCAUAACCAUAAAAAUAAAUCCAAGUUAUCUGUUGUUCAUGUGGGAACUAUGCCUUAAUAAAUUGUGCAACACAGGGUA